AUGAACAAGUUGUUGGUGUUAGUGGUAUCGUUUCUUUUGGCGUUUGUGGUUAAAGCCGAAGACCACUAUUGGUACUUUAACGCUACAUGGCUCACUGGUAACCCCGAUGGAGUUAUGGAAAGACCCAUCAUUGGGUUCAAUGGUUCAUGGCCUUUACCUACCCUUAGAGUUAAGACUGGAGAUAGAGUUGUUCUCAAGUUAACGAAUGGAUUGGGGAAUCAAAACACUUCACUUCAUUUCCAUGGGAUGUUCCAAAAUGGUACAGGUCAAAUGGAUGGACCUGAAAUGAUUACCCAAUGUCCAAUUGCUCCAGAUGAUUACUUUGUGUACAACUUUACUGUACCUGAUCAAGUUGGUACAUACUGGUACCAUUCACAUACUGAUGGUCAAUACCCCGAUGGAUUAAGAGGAGUUUUCGUUAUAGAAGAAGCAAAGAAAUCAGAUUACCCCUUUGAUUUUGAUGAAGAAAUCACCUUAUCUGUGUCUGAAUGGUACCAUAAAACAUCUCACGAAUUAACACCUAAAUUCUUGAACAGAUAUAACCCUACCGGUGCUGAACCAAUCCCACAAAAUUCGUUGUUUAACGAUUCUAGAAAUGUCACCUGGAGAGUUCAACCCAAUACGACAUAUUUUGUUCGUAUUGUCAAUGUAGGUAGAUUUGUCUCUCAAUAUUUGUACAUGGAAGAUCAUGACUUCACGGUGGUUGAGGUUGAUGGUGUUUAUGUUCAACCAAACACCACCAGUAUGGUUUACAUCACUGCUGCCCAAAGAUACGGUGUGUUGAUUAAAACUAAAGAGACCACAGAUAAGAACUUUGCCUUUAUGAAUGCCAUUGAUAAAGAUAUGUUGGAUGUGGUCCCCAAAGACUUGAUUUUGAACUCUACAAAUUAUAUUUCCUAUGACGAAAGCAACGAUACACCCGAAGAGUAUAUUGUUGAUGAAUAUGAUUUUUUGGAUGAUUAUUGGUUGACCCCUGUGAGUGCUGAAGCCAUGCUUGAUGAACCAGAUCAUGUUAUCACCGUUGAUGUCACGAUGAAUAAUUUGGGUAAUGGGAUCAAUUAUGCCUUCUUCAACAACAUUACCUACACUCCUCCAAAGGUCCCUAUUUUGCAUACAGUUUUAUCUGCUGGUGAAUUGGCUACUAAUGAACUUGUCUAUGGUACCAAUACUCAUUCUAUUGUCUUGCAACAUAACGAAGUUGUGGAUAUUGUUUUGAAUAACCAUGAUGCUGGUAAACAUCCAUUUCAUUUACAUGGUCACGUUUUCCAAUUGGUUGCUAGAGGUGAGACUGUUGUGGGAGAUCCUGUUUCUUUCAAUGCUACGGAAUAUGAUCUUUAUAGAGACAAUCCAAUGAGAAGAGAUACUGUUUAUGUUAAUCCCCAAUCAUAUAUUGUUAUGAGGUUUAGAGCUGAUAACCCCGGUGUUUGGUUCUUCCACUGUCACAUUGGAUGGCAUUUGCAACAAGGUUUGGCAUUUGUAUUGGUUGAAGCUCCAUUGCAAAUCCAAGAAACAGAAACUCAACAUUUAACAGAAGGUUCCAUCAGAAUCUGUAAGAACUCCAACAAUGGUCUCUAUGAAGGUAAUGCAGCAGGUAAUAAGGAUAACUUUUUGGACUUGAAAGGUGAAAACGUUCAACAUAAACCAUUACCUGCGGGAUUUACUGCUAGAGGUAUUGUUGCCUUGGUGUUUUCAUGUCUUGCUGGUAUCUUAGGUCUUGUGGCCAUUACCUAUUACGGCUUGUCUGAUCUUAAGAAUGUUGAAAUGGAUUUAAUUAAAGAUUUGAAUGUUGAAUUGGAUGGUUUGGAUGAAAGCAGUCAAACCAACAGUUCUGAUUCUUCUGAACAUAUUUCCAAGGUUCAAAUUUAG